CAGGAACUGAAUAUUACACAGCACCGGUUCAGGUCGAAACGUCCAUGGAUUUAAUGUAAAUUAACGAAAGACUUUAGAUAUGCUUUGGAUUUAACCGCUGAACCUCUAUAUUUGUUUUCAUUUGAUGACUUUGUUUUGACGAUUAAGCAGCUAAAGCAAUCAUUGAAGGCUGUAAAGUCAUGGCUUCCAUCAGCGUUUUUUCUGAUAAAAACUUUACAUGUUCCAUAUGUCUGGACGUGUUCACUGACCCUGUAACUACUUCCUGUGGACACAACUUCUGUAUGACCUGCAUCAGACGCCACAGAGACAGCAGUCUAUGCUCAAGGUGCCCACUGUGUGGGAUAGCAUUGGACUCAAAACAAGAUUAUAAGAUAAAUAGAACGAUUAGAGACAUCGCAGAGGGCAUCAAAAGAAAAAGGAUAGAAGAGAAUCCUGAAGUGUCCUGUGAUAGUUGCCCAAAGAAGAAAAUUGCUGUUAAGUCAUGCUUACACUGUGGAACUUCUUUCUGCAAGACUCACUUGGAGCCCCAUGAAACUGCAGAAAAACUCAAGAAACACAAACUAAUUAACCCUGUGAAGAAUCUUGAUGAAUACAUUUGCAAGAAUCAUGAAAGACCUCUGGAACUUUACUGUAGAGAUGAUCAGACAACCAUCUGUCAAUUCUGCACAGAGAGUGACCACAAGAAUCAUAAUACAGCCCCUCUGGAGGAGGAGAGUUUGAAAUUGCUGAUGAAUCAAAAGACAGCAGUGCAGCAGAAAAUUCAGGACAAGUUGCGGAAAAUUAAAAAAAUUAGACAUUCUACAAGGUUUAACAAACAAGCCAAAGAGAAGGAGAUCGAAGAGAACAUCAAGUUUUUCAAGGACAUCUUUGAGAGAAGCAAUUCGGAGCUACUUGAGCUCACGGAGGAAAAGCAUAAAGAAACAGAAAGACGAGGCGAGGAGCUCAUCAGAGAGCUAAAUGAAGAGAUCGAGGUGCUAAAGAGAAGACAAACUGAACUGGAGCAGCUCUCAAAUCCUAUUGAAUUCACACAAAUUAUUAACCUCCUGCGCAACCCCAUAUGUACUAAGCGCUCAAAAAACAUCAGCAGCAGCGCACAUGGACAUGGGGGUAUUCUGAGGAAGACAAUAUCAUGGCUUCAGAGUGUCUUGGAUGAGAAAAUGAGAGAAACUGUUGGCAGAGAGCUGCGGAGUAUACAACGUUAUGCAGUGGAUGUGACACUUGACCCUGACACAGCUUAUCCUGAACUCAUUUUGUCUGACAAUGGAAAAGAAGUCAGAAAUACAGGCAAAUCACAGCAGAUUCCUGACACUCCAAAAAGGUUUAACCAUUGCUCGUGUGUCUUAGGAAAGGAAGGGUUCUCCUCACAGAAGUUUUACUAUGAGGUUCAAGUCAGUAGGAAGACAGAGUGGGAUUUAGGUGUGGCAAAAGAAUCCAUAGACAGAAAAGGGGAAAUUGGGCUCAACCCUGAAAAUGGAUAUUGGACUAUAUGGCUGAGGAACAGGGAUGAGUACGCAGCGAACGAUUGCUCCCCUGUCCCUCUCACCUUGAAAGAGAAGCCAGUGAAAGUGGGAGUUUUUGUGGAUUUUGAGGAGGGUCUGGUCUCUUUUUAUGAUGUUGAAGCCAGGUAUCAUAUAUAUUCUUUCACUGGACAGUCUUUUCCUGAAAAGCUCUAUCCAUAUUUCAGUCCUGGAGAAUACGAGGAAGGACAGAACUUGCAUCCUCUGAUCAUUACACCUGUUGACUCAACCGAAUAAAUCAACUUUCAAAGGCAAUAAUAAAAUGAAUUGUUAUAAAUCUUUGUAUAUAAACCUCUGUAUGUAACACCUUCGGACUAAAUGAUGUUCAAUGCAAAUAUGACCAUUUCAUGUUUCUUUUUCAAAAAAAAAAAAAAAAUGUUUAAUGUCCAUUUCAAUUUGAAUUCCGUUAUAUCUAAAUGUAACUAGUAAAACCAUAUAUUACAAAUUCAUUACAAAUGUAAUACACUUUUCAUUUAGCAGACACUUUUAUCCAAAGUGACUCACAAAUGAGGAAUGGAAAUAAAAAUGUGGUCAAAACAUAA